CUUCCACCGGGACAACGAAUCUCGGGCACUUCGAAACACGACACCACUCCAAGGCCCCAAAAUCCUCAAGCCCUCAAUCCACGCCAACAAUGAACGUCCCAAGCUUCUUAACGAGGAGAAGCGUCUCCAUCUGCUUCUCGUGCCGCCGCAACCUUAUGCGCCAGCGCCAAUUCUCAACGACACCAGCGUCGCUCGUCGCCGCCUUCCAAGCGUACACGCUCCCUUCCCAGCCACCGCCGUCGCCGCGCAACGCCGCUAUACCGGACACCUCCGUCGCAAGCCCGAUACAGGCCCCGAGUCUGCCCAGAGUUCACGAGACAAGGCCGCCGAAGCAGAGCGGAGCGCCACCGGAAACAGCGGCGAGCCGGUCGCCAGCCUCGAUCCUGGAGCAAGAAGCCCAGCAAUCCAAGCCAGAGUUUGCCGCGACGCCCUCAUCGCCUGCACCCUCUACUGCCACGCGACAACCGUCCAAUCAAUCACAACCCCUCUCCUCAGACACACCAGCAACAACAACAGCAGCAGCGGCAGCACGACCUGCCCCGGCCACGCGCCCACGCUCCAGACUCCGCGCCCGCAAGGCCGCGAUGAAGCUCACGCCAGCGGCCGUCGAGCACUUGCGCACGUUGCUAGACCAGCCCGACCCGAAGCUGAUCAAGGUUGGCGUGCGCAACCGCGGCUGCUCAGGGCUGGCGUACCACCUCGAGUACGUCGACAAGCCCGGCCCGUUUGACGAGACGGUCGAGCAGGACGGCGUCAAGGUGCUUGUCGACAGCAAGGCGCUGUUUAGUAUCAUCGGGAGUGAGAUGGACUGGGUUGAAGAUAAGCUCAGUCAGAGGUUUGUUUUUCGGAAUCCGAAUAUUAAGGAGCAGUGUGGUUGUGGCGAGUCGUUUAUGGUUUGAUGGAUGCAUGGGAUGGGAUCGAUGAGAUGGGAGGGAGAGGACGGGCAGGCAUUAUGCAUAGUCCAACGCUGAGUCAGGGACAAAGAAUCGAGAUGUUUUGAAUAUGCCUCCUCACUCUUCCUGAGAUGUUGCUGCUUGGGAGCGCCUCAACUAGGCGCAUCAGAUCGGAAUUUCAACAGAUGCUGCCUAUGUAGUUCGGUUUGCUUUUAGAGUCUGGCGACAUGCUUGGUUAGAAUACCAUUGACAGCGUCGUUUGCACUGAGAGGUUGAAUCCUCUUGUAGUUGACCAACAACUAGAAUCAAGUAACUAUAUCAUUUA